AACAGACCAGGGUCUGUGUCUCGCCACGCCUCUUCUCUCGAGUACGGGAGACGCAGGCGCCGCGCGCCGCCUCGGCUCUCCCGCCGCCGCCCAUGGGCGACCCGCCGGUGCUCAAGAGGCCCAAGCUCGAGAAGGACGACUACGAAUCCGCCUACUGGCCCCGCCCCGCCUCCAAUGGCUCCUCCGCCUCCGCCUCCUCCUCCAAACCCCAACCCCCCUCUUCCGCCGCCGCCACGCAGGAGGAGGACGACGACAUCGCGGAGGAGGCGGUGCUCGCCCUCAUCUCCCACCGCGAGCGCGAGGUCGAGCGGUGCAAGCUCAAGCUCUUGCACUACCAGUCCCUGCUCGACACCGCGGAGAAGAAGCUGACCGAGGCGCAAGACCGGCUCGCCCGGUAUCGAGAUCGCAAGGCUCCGCCACCCACCCAGAGGGAACCCAAGCCGUCGCUGGCACCGGCGACCCAGAGGGACCCCAAGCCGCCGCCACCGGAACAUAAGGCCACGGAGCAGUCGGGGAGGCCGCAGCUUGUCAUCCCGGGGGCAAACACUCGACCGGCCCCGCGCCCAGAGCCCAUGCCUGGGUUGAAGAAGACCGCCGCUCCGUCAUCCUCCUCUGCACCGGCGCCGCUGGAGCGGCCAAAAGCAGUGGAGAAGAAGCCUAAACGAAAGAUUGAAGAGAAGGAGCAUCAGAACUUGAUUCAGAGCGUGAAGAAAUCAUCAGCCACGGUGCUUAGGUUCCAUGGUGGUACCGUGGUCUCGAGCCAACAUAAGAGGAAGCUUAGGUGUCUUGAGCUAUGCCCUGUCAACGAUCAGCUUGUUGUUACUAGUGCAUUGGAUGGGAUUAUUACUCUGUGGCAAGUGCAGCCAAAAGGACCGUCCAUCUCCUUGCUUAGCACAACAGAUUGCUUAUCUCCUAAGCGUAGAUGGCCCGAAGAUGUAGCUUGGCAUCCAGAUGGUGACACACUUUUCGCUGUGUACACUGCUGAUAAUGACGACGUUCAAGUUUCAGUCAUGAAUCGCAACAUAUCAGGACAAAAGAAAGUUACUUUUCUACCAGUAAAGCCUCAUACCAAGGGAAACAUUAACAACAUAAAUUUCAUGCCUUGGUCUGAUGUAUGCUUUGUGACUGGUGGAAGUGACCAUGCUGUCAUACUUUGGCAAGAAAAAGAUGAUUCAUGGAACCACAAGAAAGUGCACAAGGACUUGCAUUCUUCUGCUGUCAUGGGUGUUGCUGGAUUACAGCAGAAAAGUACAAUAUUAUCGGUUGGCAGUGACAAGAGGAUUGUAUUAUUUGAUCUUAAAGCUGGAAGGACAGAGUCCAAGAACCUAAUUGAUAACAAAUGCAUGAGUGUAUUACCAAAUCCAUGUGAUUUCAACUUGUACAUGGUGCAAACAGGGGCACCAGGCAGGCAGCUUCGGUUGUUUGACAUUAGACUUAGGCAGACUGAAGUUCAUACACUUGGCUGGAAACAAGAGAGCAGCGAGUCUCAGUCGGCUCUUAUAAAUCAGUCAUGGUCUCCUGAUGGUUGGUACUUAUCAUCUGGCUCUGCAGACCCUGUGAUCCACAUCUUUGACAUCAGACACAAUGGUCAGAACCCCUGCCAGUCAGUUCAAGCACACCAGAAGCGGGUGUUCAAGGCUCUUUGGCACCAAACAGCCCCAGUUCUAACCUCUAUAUCUUCUGACCUUAACAUUGGAAUCCACAGAUAUUCGUGAGACAACUAUCUUUCUGGGGCCAGUUUUUGUUGCAAUGGAAAGGCAAACCUUUUUGUAGCGAAAUAGGAGACUCUCAGAGCAUCAAGUCAUAGGAAUUUUGUUUGUUCACAUACUGUGCAUCAGUAGAGUUCCAAAUGGAGUGACUGAUCCUACUAGGCCGCUGGGUUUCCAAUACGGCAAUACCAAUGCUUCUGAAUAGAUCGCAGUGGCCCAGUUAGAUCAAAUGGUUGUUCAUGUUACAACAUGUGCAAUUUUUGAGCUGCUGCCUUUGUUGUUGGAGUUAUACUCUGAGGAUCCCCAAUCUGAAUGUUUUGCUCUUGUUACUUGUAUAAACUUAGAUGAGGGAUCCCAUAUAUAUAUAUAUGUUGACAGCUACUGCUGCAUGUCUGUUUUGGUUCAAUUUGGUGCAUUGCAACCAUUUCUUAAGUUGAAACUGAUGAUAGCAAGUGAUAGGAACCAAACUGUUCAGAACAUACUGUUUGUGGUCUGAAUAUUGCUGUGUACUAAGUUGUCCAAAGCUACGUUGGCAAGUCUAGUUCCUUUGAGAUGUGCUAACUGACUAAGCUGGCAUAUGUCUCUUGCCAGUCAUUUUCUUUCCACCAGUCUUCAAAUGCUAUGUGACAGAUUUACAGUUAUAAAUAA